AAAUGGCUCAUAACAUGGUGGAGGUAUGGGCACUUCAUUAGACAAUAGCGAAAAAUAUAGUAUCAGCAUAUUCAUAGAUGUACAUGAACAAGUAAAUUGAUAAAGCCAAAAAAGGCAAAUCACAUAAUCAAAAACCAAGUUAUAAUGAUCAUACUUAAGUAAAUGAUAAUAUGGAUGUAACUAAUAAAUUUCAAUAAUAAAAACAAUCAGAAAUUUUAGGAAAUAAUUCAUACAUACCUCAAAUACAGCCUAUCAUAAAAAGUGAAGUAUUAUAGCCUUAAAAUCCAUAUAUAAUCUAUCCAAUAUCCCAAAUGAGAACUCCAGUUUUAAAUAUUUCUGGUGAUAUUUCUUUAUUUAGAGAAGUGAGUGAAAGAGGACUCAAAUGA